UGCCCCCACCGUGUACCGACCGCUGCUAGCCGCUAGUAGGGGCUGCUUUUUCGGUGACCCCCUCCUUCUUCACUUGUUUACCAACAGAAAGCGGUCUUCUUCACGCUCGUGCUCGCUCGUUGAUUUCCGCUCAUCAUCGGGAUUCGAACAUGGCGGCCGUCUCUUUACGAAACUCUGCGUCCUCGCUGUUGUUGUUUAGCAGGAGGUUAUUCAGCCCGCAGCUGAAUGUGCUGUGUUCAUAUCACAAGAAGGUGGUGGACCACUAUGAAAACCCAAGAAAUGUGGGCUCUCUAGACAAAAACUCCAAGAAUGUGGGGACUGGUUUGGUGGGUGCACCAGCCUGCGGUGACGUAAUGAAGCUUCAGAUCCAGGUGGACGAGUCUGGCAAGAUUGUUGAUGCAAGAUUCAAGACAUUUGGCUGCGGAUCAGCCAUUGCAUCCAGUUCCUUAGCAACAGAGUGGGUGAAGGGCAAGUCGGUUGACGAAGCUCUUAAGAUCAAGAACACGGACAUUGCCAAAGAGCUCUGCCUUCCUCCAGUCAAGCUUCAUUGCUCCAUGCUCGCAGAAGAUGCCAUAAAAGCAGCGCUGUCAGACUACAGACUGAAACAACGGGAGAAGAAGGAGGAACGUGUCCAAGCCACCAAUUAAUGUGUUGUUUGGAAGAUCUCUUGCCAUAACACAUCAGGUCUUUCACCCUUCUGGGACUUGUAUACCUUCUUAAAAAGUUCCAUCUAAAAGGGUUGUGGGAUCGCUUCCUGGAAUUCAAGCCAAGACCCCCAUAUUGUUCAAGUGCCAGGGGAUGAGAGUGUUUGUUUUCAUCAGAUGAUCAGAAAUCGAUGCUGAUGUUGGAGUCGGAACAUUAUGAUUAAUAUUUUAAGACAGAUCUUUAAUUUAAAAGGAGGAUUUGCACUGGGUUUUCUUUUUCUUCACACACAACACAAACGGGAUACAUCAUGAAUCAAACAAUAAGCCACGGUUUGUUUUUGCUUUGUAUAUUUUGUGGCAUUUUGGCUUUAUUUGGCUUUAUUGUAUAAAAUUGCAGCUCCCUCUCGCAGGAUUCAGGUCAACAGCUUAAGUACACAUACAAAAAUAACACAGAAAAAGUUGUAUGAGACUUAUUAUUGUGAAUUAAAUGAUUUAAAAAAA